GCCUAAAGCAAGCCCGAGCGCUACCCACCCCGGACCCCGCGCCGCCGGCCUCUGGGGCAUGCUGGCAUGGCAGGACGGCGGGGCCAAGGCGGCUCCCUCUCACCACAAGAUCUCCUUCUCGGUUCUGGAUAUCUUGGACCCGCAGAAAUUCACCCGCGCUGCGCUCCCAGCCGUGCGUCCGGCUCCCCGGGAAGCCAAGAAAAGUUUGGCAGAGGCCGAAGCAAGGAAGGACGCCAGCCGGGACCCGGUACCACAGCGAGAGGCGCCUGAUGCUGCGGGCCACGGCGCCGGCUUGGCGUCCCCCCUGGAGGGGUCGGAGGCGGAGGAGGCGGAAGAGGAGGAAGAGGACGUGGAGGACGCGCGGCGGCGGCGCGGGGAGCGGGCUGCGCACCUGCAGGCGGGCCUGACACUAUCCCCCGAGGCCCGGGCCGCGGCGUCGGCGGCGGGGGAGAGCGGCGGGGGCGGCCUCGCGGGCUCCCCCGGCUCCCCGCGGCCCAGGCGCCGGCGCGCGGAGCCCAGCAGCUCCAAGCCGCGGCGCGCGCGCACCGCCUUCACCUACGAGCAGCUGGUGGCUCUGGAGAACAAGUUCCGGGCCACGCGCUACCUGUCCGUGUGCGAGCGCCUGAACCUCGCGCUCUCGCUCAGCCUCACUGAGACGCAGGUCAAAAUUUGGUUCCAGAACCGCAGGACCAAGUGGAAGAAGCAGAACCCCGGCGCCGAAGGUGCGGCGCAGGCGGGAGGUGGCGCGCCCCAGCCCGGGACUGCGGCGGCGAGCGGUGGCGCGGGGGGCAGCCCAGGUCCGCCGGGCCCGGGCGCGCAUCCUUUCCAGACUUUCCCCUCCUACUCGGCGGCCAAUGUCCUCUUCCCGGCCGCCGCCUCCUUCCCUCUGACGGCCGCCGGGGGCUCCUUCACGCCCUUCCUCGGGCACUCCUACCUGACCCCUUUCUACGCCCCGCAUCUAUGAACCCCCGAGCCCCUUGGGCCCCUCUUCGUCUGGACUCAUGAGUGACUGGCGUGGACUUGUGGUCCUCACCCUACCGAGGGGCGCAGAUGCAUAGGGACCGCCCCCUCCUGGUGCGCGGGUGUCUGUGCGCCCCUUCCCUGCCGGCUGCCUGGAGGCGCCGCCAGAGGGCAGGGAGAGGCCGCCUGCCGACUCCCAGGUGCGCGCCUUCCCGCCGUGCGGAACCCCGGAAUCCACACGGUCCACUAAGGGGAGUCAAGGACCGGCCACGUUUCAGAGUAUCCGGAGACGGAAGCCGUCCUUGAAUCUCCCCGUUUCUGGACCUGCUCUUCCCGGUGGGUCAGGCUUCAUUCAGUUCAAGGGCUCUUUCUGAGGGUCUGGGUGUUCAGAGGCGCGCGACUAGCCCAGCGGCGGGCUUCAAGUUCGGAGAGAGCCAAAACCCGCCCUCCAGCGGCUCACGAGGAUGGACUCUGCAAAGAUUUUGGCUCCCUCAGAGCCCAGUUGUUUUUGUUUCCCUUUUCAGAGCCGAUUGUUUCCCAUUUCAUACUUGGUUACUGGCCCAAAUCCAGCGAUUUCUUCCAAACACCGCAUAAAGUUGGCGAGAACUGGGUCUGUGAGCGCACACUGCCGCCUUGAGAUGGACCAUUUUUUAAAUGCGUAACGCUCUACCUUUUUAGAUCUUUCAUUUAAGAUAAGAACUUGAGAGCAACUCUUAUUCCAGACUGUCGCUCCACAGGCUAUGCCUGAGAAAAUGGGUACCUAACUUUUCGGAGAAGACCAGUUUUGAGAACAGGUUUGACAAACCAUGACUAUGGCCCCAAAGGCAUAAAAAUAACAAAGGGACCAGUGGCACAACUGAAAUCUUGAGGUCUAUACCUGAGACUGCCCAUUAUGAUUUGCAGUGUUUGAUAUCGUAAAACUUCAGUCUUGACCAAUAUGUCUAUUCCAGCAAGUCCGAAGCUCUCAAUAGUGAUCAAGGAGAGUUCUCUCCUCCAGCAUACACCGCAGUUAUGAACUGAACUAGUUUUUAAAGCACAGACUCAACAUUUUUAGAGCUUCAUCUAAGAUCUGACUUGAAAGAUAUUCUGUUCCACACAGACUGUCCGUGGUGGCAUGGAGAACAAGCAAAAGGUUGUUAAGAGCAGUAAAAGAAAUAAUUAUUGGACAUAUCAUGGAAGCAAAAGGCAUAUAUGUGAUGGAUUCAACUGCAGGAGCUUAAUAUAGGGACAUGCAUUCUAACUGCUGCUUUUAUUAUCUCUCUUAAGAAUUAGUCCUGUAAAAUUCUCUUGCUGGCUUUAUCUGGAAUACUCUUCAGUUUUUUAUGUAAUAUAAUUUGUAGCCCAUAUUUCCCAAAACCAGACCUCCCCAACUAGGUCAUGUAUCUUUCACUCUCAUCUUUAUAGAUGACUUGAGGCUGGGCAAUAUCUAUAUGGAUACCAUAUUCCUUGCUAUUUCUUGGUAGCCUAUGUCAUUAAUAAAUUUGAAGAUCAAUGGCUUCUCAUAAAAUAAAACACAUUAUUUGGUUUUAUGAACACAUGAGAUUACAACCUUGAAAUAUCUAUUUCUGUUAUUAUCAAGAAUGAGAAAAUAUACCUCCCUUCUUCCAAAUUAAAUGAAGCUUUCACAUUCAUGUGAAUCUCAUCAGAUUUGAGUGUAUGUAUUAUUUAAUUAUGAUUUAUUAAUUAGACUCUUUCCCUCCUAUGCUAAAGAAGAAAUGUGUCCCCAAACAAUGCAUUAAACUUUCUGAAAGACAAGUGGUGCCAGAUGAGAUUAAAAAUGCAGUUACUGUAAUAGAGAAUAUUGUUUUAUUCACUUUACUUGUUGAUAAACACUCCCUCAGUAACUAUUAGUGGGUUUCUCAAAAGCAACAUUCCAUGUAUCAGGAGUAGGUAUGCAC